ACGUCAAAUUCAGAUCAAAACAAACCAGCAUGGUGAAGCAGAAGGUCGCACAAUCAUAAAAGCGGUGCAUUUUUUUUAGUAAAAUUAAAGUAAAAGGAGGAAUAAAUCAUACAAAACUACAAAAAUGGGUAAAACGCCAAAACCACCAAAACGGUAUUUCGAUACGGCCACAGAAGAAAAGGCAACCGAUAAGCCGAAGAAAAUUAAGAGCAAAUCCACCGAUUUCUCCGAGGGGUCCACUAAUGCAACAAGUGGAAAAGUUAAAAAGGAAUUCAAACCCAAACUUGAAACGGACGCCAUGGAAGUAAUCACGGUGAACGAUCGUCAUGCGCGGCCAUCUGGUAAGAAGAAACAUGGCCUACGGAAGGCGCAAAACAAGCUGGAAGAAGUUCCCGUUGAUCCAGCGGCGUUGGCGAGAUAUUCCCGAGGACAGGGUGUAGCUGUUGAGGGGGUGAAAUCGAAGUUCCAAAAAAUUCACCAGAAGCGCAAAGACAUCAAUAUCGAGUUCGCUACAGAGCAGGCAGCUCGAGCCGAAAUUCUUCUCAAUGAGGAAGAAGGAUACCUGGAGGUUGAUGACGAUGAACUGACCACCGAAGUUAGUCAAGCGGAAAUAGUUAACAACGUCGAUAUCACAACUGCAGCGAAGCACUUCAAUCUACAGUUGGAGUUUGGACCUUACCGGAUGAGGUACACGAAGAACGGCGCGUAUUUGUUGCUGGGUGGCAAGAAGGGCCAUGUUGCAGCAUUCAAUUGGGUGAAAAAAUCGUUGCUGUGCGAAAUGAAUGUUAUGGAAUCGGUGCACGAUGUGGCGUGGCUGAUGAACCAAACUAUGUUUGCCGUUGCGCAAAAAAACUGGGUCCACGUGUACGAUAGCAAAGGUACCGAACUGCAUUGCAUUAAAACCAUGCAUCGAGUCUCCAGAUUGGAAUACUUACCCUACCACUUCUUGUUGAAUUCCAUCAACGAUGAAGGGUAUCUCUCCUGGAUGGAUGUUUCGAUUGGCAAAACCGUCGCAUCAUAUAAUACCCGACUCGGAAACACCAAUAUGAUGUGCCAAAAUCCUUGGAAUGCAGUCACCUGCUUAGGAAACUCCAAAGGAGUUGUUUCCAUGUGGUCGCCUUCGGUAAGAGAUCCACUUGCCAAAAUGCUCUGCCAUUCGAUGCCAAUGACUGCGCUCACCGUGGAUCCUACCGGUAUUCAACUAGCUACCGCUGGCCUCGACAGGACCAUUAAAAUUUGGGACAUUCGUCAGUUGGAAGGCCCCCUUGUUACUUACAAGUUACAAACUGCUGCUUCUGGAAUCGAUAUAUCGCAAAAAGGACUUAUGGCAAUUUCGUUGGGAAAUAUCUGUGAGAUUUACAAGAAACCUAGUGUUGUGCAACGUGAUCUAAAGCCCUACUUACGGCAGCGAACAUCAUCCACAAUUGCCAACUUCCGCUUCUGUCCGUAUGAAGAUAUUUUGGGAAUAGCCACGGCCAGCGGAUUCACAUCGAUCAUCGUACCGGGCUCAGGCGAACCAAACUUUGACUCACUGGAGGCCAAUCCAUUCCAAUCGUUGUCACAACGCCGCGAAGACGAAGUGCACAGUUUGCUGGAGAAGAUACCGUCGGAGUUCAUUUCGCUCAAUCCGUCCCAAAUCGGAGAAGUGGAUGUUCCGUCCCUGAAGGACCGGCUAGAAUCGAAGGCCAAGCUCAUGACGAUGAAGGUGCCCAAGAUUGACUUCGAACCCCGCAUGAAGAAUCGAAUGUCGAAAGCAAAACGCUUCAAGAACAAGCAGAAAGUGAAGGAAGUGCUGCGCAACGAGGCGAUUCAGAACAUUAAGGAGGCGAAGCAAUCGCUAACAGCGGAAGCGCGAGAGCCACAGGAAUCGGCGGACUUUAUUCCACUGGAAUCGAAGAGCGUUCUGGAUCGUUUUCGCGAUAAAAAGGCGAAGAAGAAGUAAACUUGUAAUUUUAGUGUUUUCUUAAAUAAAGAUAUAAUUCAUAUUUAA